UUUAGAGGAGACCACUUAUUUUUAUCUUGGAGGAAAGCGGAGGCUGCUUUUUCUUGGUAAAAGCGGAAACCACUUUACUCUUCAAAGUCCAAACUCUUUCCUCCACUUCCUCUUCUUCUUCGUUUCCUUGUGGCCUUGUAUACCAUGCGGCGUCUUCUUAGAUCAAAUGCCAUUCCCACCUUUAUCCCAUUUGCAACUCUUGCUUUGUUGUUUCAGAUCUCCUCUUUUUCGAAAGCUGAAGAUCCUUCAUUCUUCUCCUGUUAUGAUUCCGCCAAUUAUACUUCCGGCAGCCAAUUCGAAACUAAUCUCCACCAAAUCUUCUCUUACCUAUACCAAAAUACUCCUCUAACUCGUUUCAACACCACCGUCUCCGGCGAGGACCCCGACCGAGUGUAUGGUCUCGUCCAGUGCAGAGGAGAUGCCACUCAGGAUGACUGCCGGAUCUGUGUGAAUAAUUCGGCCACUGAGAUCGUUCGACGUUGUCCUCUUCGAAAGGAGGCAGUGAUACGCUAUUGGGGUUGUGCCUUACGCUACGCUGGCAAGGAUUUCUUCGGCCAAAUCGGCAAUAGUGGCCUUACAGUCUACGCCUUUCCAUUGGACAACAUGACGACAAAUGCGGCUCUGUUUAACGAGAGGGUUGCAGUUUUAAUGGAUAACUUGUCGCCUGCGGCUGCUCGUAGCCCUUCCAAGUUAGCGACUGGACAGAACACCUCUUUGAAUAACUUUAAAUUUGUAUAUGGGAUGUUGCAGUGCACGAGGGACUUGUCGGACAAUACCUGUUACUCUUGCUUGCAAAACAUAAUUGGAGACAUCCCGAGCUGUUGUAAUUGGCGAUCGGGAGGGAAUGUGUAUACUGACAGUUGCUUCUUAAGGUAUGAGACUUAUCCCUUUUCUAACUUGUUAUCUGUUAGAUCAAACACCAAGAAACACGAAUAAAGGGAAACAAUAGAUCCGUACGAUACAGAGAUUU